AUGGCACUACAGCAAUCUUCCGCCUCAGUGCCCAAGCUGCAGGCCCAAGCCGACGGCACUCUUGUUUUCCGACUAGACUCCGGCUAUGGGUGCCUGAAAGCCACUGGAGAGGACACCCUCGACCUGCUGAACCGCCUUUCCACCAACAAGGUAGACCACCUGCAGCCCGGCCACUGGGCCCCCACCGUGCUGACCAGCGACCGGGGUCGCAUUGUGGACCUGCUCAGCGUCAUCCACGCCGGCGAGUGCGUCUACCUGCUCACGAGCCCCGGCCAGCAACAGCCGGUCAUAGAGUGGCUCGACAAGUACACCAUCAUGGAGGACCUGGAGGUGGAGGACGUUUCCGGCUCCACCGCCGUCAUUGCACUUGCGGGUGAAGGCUGCGACGCGGCACUGAACCUUGAACCCGAUGGUACUGACCGCCUGCCCGGCCUGCAGUAUCCAGCGCCAACGGUCAACAUAGGUGGACGAGAGGCAAUUGCCAUCUCACAUCCGCUGGGUGAUCUGCCGUGUUGUUUGCUGGUGGCGGUCUCAGAUUACGCCGCGGAGAUCGGCGCCUCUCUGGAAUCGUCAGGAGCGUCCCAGAUGGAUGCCGAAGCCUGGGAAGCGCUGCGAGUCGCCAAUGGCGCCCCGGCAUUCGGCAGUGAGAUGGGAGAGCCGUACAACCCUCUGGAAGCCGGACUGAUCGGCGCGAUCGACUUUACCAAGGGCUGCUACAUCGGGCAGGAGGUCAUCGCUCGCCUGGACAGCUACGACCGGGUCCAGAGAUACCUCUCGGUCCUCCGUUUCUCAGACGGGUGCGACGUAACAGUCGGUACAGCACUGUUCCUGGAAGGAAGGCAAGCCGGCACGGUCACAUCGGUCUAUCGCACGCAAAGCGGCGACCUGCGGGGCCUGGGGUUCGUCCGCACCGCCUCAGCGAAUGCCGGCCAGACCCUCGAGCUGCAGUCCCCAGCCUCCGGUACCGCCACGGUCGAGGAAACCCCCAAGCUCUUCGGCCCCGGCCAGGACUUCAGCUAA